AUCCUAUGAUGAGUUACCAACCACCAUUGGGUUUCUUACCCGAGGCUAUGGCACAGUUGAUGGCACCAAUGGGGGAUUUACGUAUGAAUAUGAUGCCCUAUGGCCUCUCCGAGAACUCCACUGCUAACACCUACGGUUACGACAACACGGCUCCUGGUGCCCCUCAGCCUGCUCAAGUGAAGGCACCUGUUGUUGGAGAUGUGCCCGGACGUAUGACGGUUAGUCUGAGCCAUUCUGGUAUGACUGCCGCCCAAAUCGCCAAUCUCUUGGAAGUGGCUUCUUCGACUGCGAAGGCCGCUGAGAAGUAA